UGUCCCGCCCCUUGGUGCCCGUGUAGUGCGCAGCGCACGGCCGCAGCCUCUCGUUCCUGCCGGAAACUUUUCCUCGGGCGCGUUCUUAGCUGGCGCGAGGGACUCCGGGGCCAUGGCGGGAGGCCGCCGCUGCCGCUUUGCCUCCUGGCUCUGGCUGCGCCUCUGCUCCGGCCGCUGAGGGUCCCUGGGGGCCAGAGCCAGAGCCCCGGGCAUGGCCUCCCCGCCGCUCCCGGAGCCGGGCGCCGAGCUGCGGGCUCUGCAGGGGAAGGUGGAGGUGCUGGAGGCGGAGCUGGGGUCCUGCCGGAGCCAGCUGGAGCAGGUGCAGCGGCUGCUGCGCCACACGGAGCGGCUCUACCGGGAGGCCCAGGAGAGCAACGAGGCGCUGCAGACUCAGGUCGAAGAACUCAGUAAGGAAGUCCAUGAUAGGAAGAAAAAAGAGAGAGAUACAUCUAGUGUAGAAGUGCAAACUGAAGACUAUGAUUCUUGGCAACAAUCAGAUUAUUACAAUUAUCAGAAUUAUUGUAACAACAUUGAUGCUCAAGAUAACACAUCUGAACUAUCAGUGCAGCAGAACCAUAAGAGUGAAGGUUCCAAUCCUAAUUCUACAGAGCAAUCUCAGGCAGGUGGUGAUAUUCAUUCACACAUUGGUAGCACAGAACUUGCUGAAUGUGGACAAGGGGAUAACUUAAUCGAGAAUUUACAGGAACCAGAAGAUACUUCGUUAGCAGAAGGUACAUUAGCAGAAAGCUUGAGAGCUGCUGCAGAAGCUGCUGUAUCACAGACUGGGUUUAUUUAUGAUGAGAAUACUGGAUUGUAUUAUGACCAUAGCACUGGAUUCUACUAUAAUUCGGAAAAUCAACUUUAUUAUGAUCCAACCACUGGAAUCUAUUACUAUUGUGAUGUUGAAAGUGGCCGAUACCAGUUUCAUUCACGAGUGGAUCUGCAGUCUUACCAGGCUUCAACCAUUCAGACUAAGGAUAAAAAAGGAAAAAAGAAAAGAAAAGAUCCAGAGUGGAUUACUGCAAAUGAAUAUAAGGAUUUGGACAAAGAAGAGCAGAAAUCACCCAGAAGUCUGAAUUGCCUUUCCACCACUAAUGAGCAAAUAAGUUCUACUGAAGAGGAGGAGUCUCCAAAUGCAAGAAAGAAGGCUAAAGUGGACAUUGAUGUAAGAAACAGACUAACAGCCAAAGAAUCAAUUAUUACAGAUGGUAUAAAUUCACACCUUAACAGAAAAACACAAGAUACAGCUGCAUUUAUGGAUGACUGUAAAAUAAUAGAGACAGAGAGUGAGCCAGAAGAAGGUGAAAUUACUGACUCGGAAUGUGAGGAGUAUAGCACUGAAGAUGAAGUAACAAGUGAAGAGAGUGUAAACUCAGAAGACUCUGAAAAUGAAGAUGAAGAGAGAAUUUGGCCUCCAUGUAUCAGAGUAAUUGUAAUUAGAUCACCAGUACUGCAGACUGGAUCACUUUAUAUCAUCACAGCUGUGAAAGCUGCUACAAUUGGAAGAGAGAAAGAUAUGGAACACACCCUCCAGAUUCCUGAAGUUGGAGUCAGUAAGUUUCAUGCAGAAGUAUAUUUUGACCAUGAAUUGCAAAAUUAUGUUCUUGUGGAUCAAGGCAGUCAGAAUGGCACAGUUGUUAACGGAAAUCAGAUUCUACAGCCUAAAACAAAAUGUGACCCCUAUGUUCUGGAACAUGGGGAUGAAGUAAAGAUCGGAGAAACUGUGUUAUCCUUCCACAUACAUCCUGGCAGUGACACCUGUGAUGGAUGUGAACCAGGACAGGUCAGAGCACAUCUUCGCCUUGAUAAGAAAAAGGAAUUUUCUGGUCCAGCACUGAGCAAAGAGGAGAGAGAAUUAGUUAGAAGAAAAGCAUUAAAAAAAAUACGGGUAAAAUAUGGUUUACAGAAUACAGACUAUGAAGACAACAAAGCAGUAAAAAAUCCAAAUUACAAAGAUAGAGCAGGAAAACGCAGGGAGACCAUUGGAAGUGAGGGGACAUUUCAAAGGGAUGAUACUCCAGCUUCAGUCCAUGUUGAAAUCAGUGAUAGCAACAAGGGUCGCAAAAUGCUGGAGAAGAUGGGAUGGAAAAAAGGAGAAGGGCUAGGCAAGGAUGGUGGUGGAAUGAAGAAUCCGAUCCAGCUUCAGAUACACAAGAUGCAUGCAGGCUUGGGUACAAGUAGACCAGCUUCAGUUGAAGAUGUUCAGAUCAUCAACAGCAAGAACAAAAAGAACUGGGAUAAAGCAAGAGAGAGAUUUGCUGAAAGCUUCCAGGAAGCUAAAACGCAGAAAGAUGCAUCCAAAGUUAUGCCUUGGGUUAGAGGGACUGCAGAAUGAAAAUACUCAGUCCCAGAGCAGGAUAAUUCAUGUAUAUAAAGAGUGGCUGAGAGUUUAUUUUUAUUUUUUGCUAAAUUAGAAGUUGGGUGAUAAGUAAUAUACAGCUGUGAAGAAUCUCCUCAUGAUUCAGAGGUGUAUAUUAAGAUUAACUAUAGUCUUAUUUGGUUUACACUAGUGUUCACACUUUUUUUAAAAAAAACCACAAUUUUUAAAUAAAUAAGCAGUGAAAACCAGACUGAUGCAGGCAUUGUUUAAAAGGAUGUUCAAAUGGAAGUACUUGAAUGUGAUGCUCACUAAGGGAAGGAAUUUUCUUUAAAUAUUUAUUUUUUAAUACAAUAGCCCACUGCAAUUAAAACUAUUUUGAUUUGCUUUUAAACUGUUUUUCCAAACUUAUGAAGAUUAUUUUUUUAAUGUUCUAACAAGCAAAAAACCCACAAAACAAUGCAAGAGGUUUUUAAAUGUUGCCUUUUCCUCUUUUGUGAGCAUUUGGUCCGAAUUGUUGUGAAACUUAGAAAGAGGCACAUUACAACUAAAUUCAUACAAUUCAGUACUGAUCACAUGCAUCUCAAUUUACUCUUCAUAUAUGAAAUUAACUUCCUGAUAUUUUUAACAAUCCAUGUCUACUUUGUAUUUCUAAAUACUGUGUUCCAUGAAAUAAAUGACCACUGUUAGUAAAAGAAUAAUAUUCAGAGGACAGUUUGUAGUAAAGUCUUAUUUUCUUCUGUGAAGAAUUUGUGUGAUGAAUCUGUAACAUACCAUUUAGAAGGGGUAUGCUCAGAAACCUGCUAUCUAGGAGUAUUACAGUAUUUAUUAGCUUCUUCAGGCUGGCUGUUCUCAUACACCCAUUGCUGGCAAUGGAGUUUAUGCCAGGGGGAAAAAAUCAGACUUUCCGUGCACAAGGAUUGCAAAUCUGAAACUGAAAACUUGAUAUUUAUUGAAUGUUCUUAAACACAAUAAAUGAAAUAUUGUCAAAUUUAAAUUGUGUGAUUCUUGACAUU